AUGUCAAGGCCUGCAUCCGCGACUGAGAAUACCUGGUCAGGACCCCUGGUGACACCUGCCGCGUCUGCCCAACAUGAUUGCUCCGAAAGGCCUGAACUCCUUCACGACAAGCAGCAGCGCCACCACGACCCUCGGGGCCAGCUCAUUCAAGACGACGUUCAACAAGCUCCCUCCCCAUCCCGCGCCGAAUCCCCCACGGCUCAUCAAUGGGCCAAGCCUGCAUCAACCUUCUCUCUAAAAAGGGCUACCACCGUCCCUGUUGAGCGGUUGUCCCGCCCUGAUCGAUCUCAUACUCCUCAGUUGUCCGAGAGGGACAGCAUUUUCGCAACCCACUACCUUCCUUCCGAUACCGAACUCGUCGUUACACCGCAAAUUCCGCCCGUGGACGACAUAGAUAAUGGGCCGCCCACUAGCCUGAUACCUCCCCUCGAAGAUGUUCCUUCCUCUCCUUCUCCGAUUUCCCCUCACAAGGUCCUCCUCCCCCGUCAUACUCACGUCGACCCUUCCCACAUGGAAGUUGACGUUCGCAGGAAGCACCAACUAGGCUCUCCCUCGUUGCUUCCGUCUGCGGGGCCUCAUUCUUCCCCUCUACUGCCGGUGGACUCCGAUGCGACCUUGGGAAAGCGAUCGGAGCUAUCAAGCCGGAGCGCACAUAUCCCUGUGUGGGAGAGCUUGCAACAUCUUCGCAAACUUACACCGAACGAUGCUGCGACGAAGCCCGCCGUUGCGGAGGACCCGUCAGCUCACCGAAGUCUUCUCUCUGCUUCGCUGAGUGAUGCUUCCUUGCCGCCGUAUCAGCACGUAACACGCUCGCCUAGCAAAAAGUCCCCUGUCACCAGCGUUGAAGCCAUCCCACAUCCCUGGUCCGGACAGCAAUUCCAGGACGGCACACGUGUGGCAAAGCCCGAGCGAAGCUCGAGUCGAGGCCGCCGUGGCAGGGUAGAGCAGUCCAUCGAAGCAAAUUUGACUAAUUCGGAGCCAACCUCUCACGUGCGUAGUCGCAAGUCAAGUCACUAUCUGGGUUUGUUCAAAGAGAACACCACCUCUCCAGAUCGCAAACGCAGGGAAGAGCGAGUGGGACGACACGAUGAGCUUUCGGAACCGAAUGAAAAGCAGCAAUUAGCUGCCCAUUCUGAACCCCGCUACUCUGGCGAAAACCGUGACUCGCAAUUGCAAAUUCCCUCUUUUUCCGAUGAGACGGGUCUUACAGGCUCCAAAAGUCUAUCGCAACUAUCUAUUGCUGAUGCUACCCUGUUCUCACCGCGCCUGGAAAGUGAGACUCGCCCGCAAAUGUCGACCGAUAGUGUGACCAAGUCAAAGCCCAAGGCCCUACCUCGGAAUCUCCUUGACGAGAUCCGCAAUUUUCACCUGACACCGGGAGGAGCCCGUGGCACUUCAUUCUCGCGCAGUAUCCCAACCCAAUUUGCGGAAAGGGGUAGGGAUUAUUUCUCCAAAGAACCUGCGCAUCAUGACCAUCUCGAGCCACACCUUACUCCAACGGACGUGGGUCGCGAUCAACGCCGGGGCUCAGGACAGCUCGAAGAUGAGGAAGAUGAGCAGAUCUCCUCUGCCGUCUAUUUCCCGCAUGAGCGCGUUACACUGUCCGAGGAAGUCGACCAAGUUCAAACUUUUACGGAUGGUCAAGAUGGCGUGGAGCCCGGUGAUAUGUCAACAGCGCAGAGUAGUCACGUUCUGGUGCCAAAGAGACAUGUUGUUUCUGAGGAGCAGGAAGCUAAUCAUGUGGACAUAUCCCUUCGAUCUAAGAAUGAUAGUAGAAUCCUACACGGCGACCUGCAAGGCAGGCAGGAUGCUCCCAUAGAAGAACUUAGUGAAGAGUCUCUUGCCCUCAUACCCGAGCGCACCGCUGAAUCCUCGACAUGCGGAUCCGAAUUUGCAUCUGCCGAUGAAAGCGGUAUGUCUGUCCGUGAUGAGGAGUCUAGUGUGACGGACGAGGCUGAAGUCACUCCGACGGCCACUCCGACUCAGCGGCCCCGAGUGACGCGUCCGCGCCGCGAGCAUGAAUCGACCACUCCCCUUGGAGCCGUGGAGUUGAAGCCUUAUCGCCAUCAAGUUGGUGGCCAUACAACGGUGUUUCGAUUUUCUAGACGCGCCGUUUGCAAGCAGCUCAACAACCGGGAGAAUGAAUUCUACGAGCGUAUCGAGCGCAGGCAUCCUGAGAUGCUGAUGUUCCUGCCAAGAUACAUUGGAGUUCUCAAUGUCACGUUUUCGAAGACGCCCAAGCGAUCUAAGACCCCAGCCAAGAAUGCAGAGCGGCCAGAUAGUGGCAGUGCAACACAUACUUCCAACGGUUUUGACCACGACGGAGCGAUCUCUGCGGAUAGCCGCGCUCCCGCUCGAAACGAGACAGAACCGCAACGCAUCUUCAGCCAAAAGCAGGUGACUGGCGUCAUUCCCCAAGUUAUUCUCGAAAACAAUCGCCAUAUAAUCCCGGCGGAUCUUUUCUCCCACUGUCAGCGGCCAAGGACGGCAGACGGUUCGCUUUCGGCUAAUAGGCGCUUCCCCGUGGAGUUUGGACAGUUGACCAAGGAAGGUAAAACUGAAGGUUGUCUUUUGGAGGAGCCACAAACCCUGAAGAGAAAGCAGUGGGGUGCCACAACCGUGAAUAGGAAGCUGCAAGAGCAAGUUCUUCGUGAAGUCUUUAGCCCACCCGCUGUGCACCAUCACAGACGCCAUGCCCGAGGCCAUCUGAAUUUACCAAGAACAUCAUCCGAUGGUGUUGAAAUCCGACGGAGAGCUAACCUCUCUGAAGACCAAACCUCCAGCAGCCGCCGGAUUGCGCCUGAUCAAGCCCAACCAACCCAGUCCGGGGCAAUUGAUAUCACCAGACAAACAAAGGACGGUCCUGGUCUAUCGUCAUCAGCAUCCACGGCACUGGAGGCCAGCCAUAAUCGCCUUGAAAAGGUUCGGACCGAAGAGUCCCCACCACGAUCUAGCUCCAUGUCGCGGACUCGGCAGGUGAGACGUCGUCGUUCAGGGAGUGGAUUACAAAGGCGGGGAAGCAUAAGUUCGGGGCAGCCUGGGGGCGACCUGUUAUUCUUUGAAGACGAUGGGUAUGGUGGUGAUAAGGAGGACGGGAUCUUCUCCAUGGAGGGUGAUAAUCCGAUUGCUCUAACCUCUCAGCCGGCUACAAAUGCUUCUGUCCCGACGUCUCCCAAUGGCGUAGAUAGCGAUACACUGCAUCUUGACGGUCGCGCGGGAAAUGACAUUCCGUCGAGACACUUUUUCUCACCCGCAACCAAGGACGUUGAUGAUACUCAACUUCCUUCUAAUCCCAAAGAGGCUCAAACACGACAGGAUGAUAGAGUGCAGUUUUUCCUUCUGCUGGAGGAUCUUACCGCAGGCAUGAACAAGCCCUGUGUGUUAGAUUUGAAGAUGGGGACUCGUCAGUAUGGGAUCGAAGCCGAUGAGAAGAAACGAAAGUCCCAGAGACGCAAGUGUCAGUCAACUACAUCGCAGCAGCUAGGCGUUCGUCUAUGCGGCAUGCAGUCGUGGAAUGUCAAAAAGCAAGAAUACUCUUUUGAGGACAAAUAUUUUGGGCGUGAUCUCAAGUCCGGGCGAGAAUUUCAGGAUGCUCUCACGCGGUUUCUUUACGACGGUGCGAGUUAUAGAAGCGUGGCAAAAAAGAUUCCCUCAAUUCUCGAAAAGCUGGCCAAGUUGGAGAAUAUGAUCCGGAGGCUCAAGCGAUAUCGUCUGUACGCCAGCAGCCUCCUGAUCCUCUACGAUGGUGAACCCACAACCCCGGAUAAGGCGUCUCAGAACAAUGGCCAGUCGGGCUCGGCCAGUAUACGAGACACUCUACAGCGUCAGGCCUCCGAUGAUGGCUACACGGACGUGCAGCUGAAGAUCGUUGACUUUGCCAAUUGCGUUACGGGCGAGGAUGAAUUAUCGCCCGAUGCUCCUUGCCCGCCACAGCAUCCGGAUGAUAUCGACCGCGGCUAUCUCCGGGGCCUUCGAUCUCUAAGGAUGUACUUCCAGCGUAUUUUGAAGGAAAUCACCCAAGAUGAUUACGUUGAAAGAGGAGAAGGCGAAGCUAUUGCGCUCGGUUCCCAACACGCUGGUCGCCACGACUCGUCGCAACGCUAUUGGGACGAGAAUGUCUUGGAGACUGACCCUGGCGAAGUCAGCUUCUAA